AUGCCCUCAGAUAUAGAGGCGGCAGGUGAACAGACGCCUCUUCUCCAUGAUCCUCGACUCUCUCAGCUGCAGCGGGAACAGGACCUGGAAACAGUCUCUGCCAUUUCUUCAACCUUAUCAAAGGAGGAACAACAGCUUGUCGACAGCACAGUCGGCGAGCGCCUGCCGUAUAAUGACUACACAACCAUUGACUGGCUACAUGAUCUGGUCAAAGACUCGUAUCGUGUCCGCCAGCUCAACUCCCUAUCUGGACUGCGCUACAAGAUUCUCUCCCUUCUCGACGCAUGCUCAGGAUGGAUCGCUGUGGUGAUGAUCGGCGCUUUGACGGCUGUUGUUGCCUUUCUAGUCGACAUUGCUGUAGCCACAGUCGCGGACUGGAAGAUGGGGUACUGCAGCACCAACCCAUGGAAGAGCCGCGAGAACUGCUGUAGGCAAGACACACCGACGGUAUCGAUGUCGCGACUCUACAUGUUUACUGAAGACGGUGGCGCAGCACCGGCAUGCGACGAGUGGCACGCGUGGAGCGACAAUUAUGCCAGGAGUUUCGCAAUCUACGUCGCGCUGGCGCUCGUCUUCGGCACCAUCAGCUCGAGCGCGACGAUGCUGACAAGGAGCCAGCUGCCGUCUGCAGAGGAGCCAAGCGAGCAGCCAUCGCCUCCACCGGCAGCGAAGCCAUACAGUUCUCAUCCCUCGACUGGUUCGCGGAUUCCUACGCCCGCAUCCACCGGGGGCGGGAAAGUCAUGUACAUGGCCGCUGGCAGCGGAAUACCUGAGAUCAAGACCAUCCUGAGCGGCUUCUCCAUUCCAUCCUUCCUCUCGCUCCGGGUCCUUGUCGUUAAGGCGUUUGGUGCCGUUUUCGCCGUCAGCACGGGCAUGUGUCUCGGCAAAGAAGGCCCCUUUGUUCACAUCUCAACCGCAGUAGCGUAUCAAGUGGGGCUGCGGUUUCCAAAGUACAGAGACAACGGGCGGAAGAUGCGAGAGCUGUUGAGCGCGGGGUGCUCGAGCGGGUUGAGCGUAGCGUUUGGCGCUCCGAUUGGAGGUGUGCUGUUCAGCUACGAAGAGAUCAGCACCUACUUCCCGCGCAAGGUCUUGUGGCGCGCGUUCCUCUGCAGUCUGACAGCCGCCAUAGUGCUCAAGCAACUCAACCCCACGGGGACCGGCAAGCUCGUCCUGUUUGAAACAAACUACGGUACGCAGUACGAACCAGUGCACUACCUCGUCUUCGUACUGCUCGGCAUCGCAGGCGGCGUCUUCGGCGGGCUCUUCUGCAGAGCGAAUUUUGCCUGGAGCCGAACCUUCCGCCGCAUCCCUCUCGUGCGCCAGAACCCCGUUAUCGAAGUCGCCAUCGUCGUGCUAGCCACUGCGCUCCUGCAGUUCCCCAACCCGUUGACUCGCGAGCCGGGCGACGUGGUACUCAAAACCGUGCUCGUCGACUGCAACGACGCCGCGUCAGCGCGCUCCUUCAUCUGCGCGCACGAAGCAAACGCAGCCGCAACAGACUGGCCGUACAUGGCCUGGUUGACGUACGGGACGCUGACCAAGCUGCUCCUGACCAUCACAACCUUCGGCUGCAAAGUCCCGGCAGGUGUCAUCAUCCCCGCGCUCGACGCCGGCGCCCUGUUCGGCCGGCUGGUUGGCUACGCACUCCCAUCCACGCCCUCUACCGUGUCGCCAGGCAUCUUCGCGCUCGUGGGCGCCGCCGCCUUCCUCGCCGGCGUGAGCCGCAUGACCAUCAGCCUGGCGGUGAUAAUGCUCGAGCUGACAGGGGCACUCGACUACGUAGUCCCGCAGAUGCUCGCCAUCCUCGUUGCGAAAUGGACCGCCGACGCCAUCUCCGCCGCAGGCGUCUAUGACGUCGCGCAGACGGUGCUGGGCCACCCAUUCCUGGACGCCGAGAGCGCACAACUCCUCGUCUCGCGCCGCCGGGGGCAGGGGCUGAACGUCGCCGCGCUGCUGCCCCCGCAGCAAACGAUGCGCGACAUCACCGUCGACGUCCCCGCCGCAGGCUGCGUGCGCGCCUCGCUGCUUCGGCGCAAACUAAACGCCCUCAGGCAACGAGGCCUGAUGGACGCCGGCCUCGUGCUCGUGCAGGCCCGCGCCCCUUCGUCCGUGCCGGUGCUGCAGGGCUACCUCUCGCAGGCUGAACUCGCCUUCGGCCUCGACGAACUCGCUCCGACUCGGCCCUCACCACUGCUACCACUGUCGUCGGACAGUGACGGCCAUCACGACGCCGCGGUGCGCUUGCUGCACCACCACCACCACUCCCCCAACGCGGCGGAAGACUCCACAGCGCCCGAUGCACUAGAGCUCGACCUAACGCCGUUUGUAGACCGCACGCCGCUGAGCGUCAGCGCGCACGCGCCGCUCGAGUACGCCGUCGAGAUGUUUGGGAAGCUGGGGCUGCGGUACCUGUGCGUUACCGAGGAAGGGACGGGGGCGCUGGUGGGGGUUGUGAUUAAGAAGCGGCUCGUGGGGUUUCUGGAGGGGUUGGCAGAGGAGGAAGAGGGGGGAGAGGCGAGGUAG